AUGGCACAACAGAAUGCCAUCUCUGGCGACUAUCGCAAGCACCUCCCGGACCUCAAUGUGCCGCGUUUCCAGACGAUGAAGCAGCAAGAUGCACACGAGUAUGCUCACGAGUUCAAAACCAAGCACAACCCACCGUGGCUCCAUGCCUUGUACAUGUACUGGCGCUCAUUGCUCGCUGAGCCCUUCAAGGGCGUAACAAGCGACGGCACUGUCCGAGAAGGCCUCUUCCACUACGAAGACGAAGAAGUUGACAUCGACAACAUCGUCACAGCCGCCCAGUCCCUCCUCUCCCAGGUGACAGACGAGCAAAAACAAAUCCUCAGCUACCACAUCGACAGCCCUGAAUGGCGAACAUGGUCCAAUCCCGAGUUCCUCCUCGCACACAAGGGUCUCCGCCUCGACGAACAAUCAGACAAAGUCAGAGACUCCAUUCUCGCAAUCCUCGAAGCUACUCUCUCCCCCGAAGGCUACCAGAAAGCAAUCUCCGCCAUGCGCAUCAACGGUUUCCUGGGUGAACUAGUCCAGGGCACAAAAGUCAUGAAUGAGUUCAGUUACAACUUCGUUCUUUUCGGUGAACCCUCUUCCACACAACCCUGGGGCUGGUCCUUCUACGGCCACCACCUCUGCCUAAACAUCUUCCUCUUCAAACGACAAAUCGUAAUCUCGCCCUGGUUCACCGGCGCCGAGCCCAACGAGAUCGACUCUGGGCCUUACAAAGGCACCCGCAUCUUGACCCGCGAAGAAGAGCUCGGUCUCCAACUCAUGCAAUCGCUAUCACCAGCUCUACAGCAAAAGACGCAAAUCUACAAGUUGAUCAAGGACCCAGCAAUGCCAGAGGGCCGUUGGAACAGAGACGAUCAACGCCAUCUCUGCGGCGCCUACCGCGACAACCGUAUCGUUCCCUACGAAGGCAUCACCCUCGCCUCCAUGGAUGCCUCACAGCGCAAUCUCGUCUCAAAAAUCAUCGAAGAAUACUUCCUCUACCUCCCCGCCACCUCUCGCGCAAAGAAACUCGCACACGCAAUGUCCUUUGCCGACGAAACCUACUUCAGCUGGAUCGGUGGCUUUGGCCCUGAAGACCCAUUCUACUAUCGCAUUCAGUCCCCGGUGGUAAUAAUUGAGUUUGAUCAUCAUUCGGGUGUGUUUUUGAACAAUGAGCAGCCGGCCAAAUUCCAUAUCCACACGCUUCUGAGGACACCCAACGCUGGUGAUUAUGGCGUUGCGUUGAGGAAGUGCAUCCCAGCACAAGAGCAAUUUUUCACUUGGGAGCCAGAGGACGAGUCGAAAGGACCUGGUAAUCAUGCUAGUCGCUUAGAUUAG